AUGUGGAUUGCCAGUGGAUCAUAUGAAAAUAACGACCUCAACACGAUUGAAGUCGGUUGGCAGGUUUACCCUCAUCUUUAUGGAGACGUCAUACCUAGGCUGUUUAUCUACUGGACGAGAGAUACGUAUCAGACAACAGGUUGCUACAACUUGUGCGAGGGAUUUGUCCUCUUAAACCGUAGUGCCGGGAUUGGGGAGAUGAUAAUACCAACGUCGACCUACGGCGACGUCCAGUAUACCGUGACAAUUUUAGUAACAAAGGGAUUGGAUGUCAAUUGGUGGUUGUACGUCCACCGAGACAAUCAAGAAUGGAUUACUGCAGGUUACUGGCCUGCUUCAAUUUUCACUGUUCUUUCGUCAAGUGCUGUCAAAGUGGACUGGGGUGGAGAGGUGAUUAAUAAUAAAUUCGAGAGUCGGCACACGAGGACACAAAUGGGUUCAGGCCACUUCCCCCACAAAGGAUACACAAGGGCCAGUUACUUUUCCAGCCUCAAAGUUCAGACUGAUCCUCAUGGUGUGUUUGUCGACGCCAACCCCUCGGGCAUCGCUUUUCAGACCCAAAGCCCCUACUGCUAUGACAUCCAGCAGAGCUCCUAUGAUCCAUCGGCAGGAGUUUCAUUCUGUUUUAGUGGACCGGGCCACAAUCCCCAGUGCCCUUAA